UUUUUUUUUUCUUUUCUUCUUUUUUACCGGGAAUAACAAAUCGUUGAAAGAAGAAACAUUUUUGACAAAAAUCAAAUAUCUUGCCUAAUCUGAUUGUCCUUCAUUCGUGCAUCACAAACUAAGAUGAUUCCUCACUCUUGAUUCCACCAACACACUCUCUCUUAUUCAUUCUUGCUUCCUCAAUUCAAAUGGCAUCAUCAACUACUCUCUUCAAUUUCAAGCUUCCUCCCCUGUUCAACUCACUUCACCAUCCAAGGGUAAAUAGGUCAAAAGCCCCAUUUUCUUCUCGCAUCAUCAUUUCUUCCGUUAACAAUCAUUUGGCGCCAACACGUGUCACUUAUCCGCUUCUCACCUCCCACUCUGUUCAUAAUCGCAGAAGAUUCCACGUUCAAGCGCAGCAAAAGGAGUAUUCUGCAGGGAACAAUUCCGAGUCGGUUGUUUCAGACGCUACUAACAAAGAGGAAUUUUCUUGGUCUUCUGUGAUUCUUCCGUUUGUGUUCCCUGCAUUGGGAGGCUUGUUAUUUGGUUAUGAUAUUGGUGCCACAUCCGGUGCUGCAAUUUCACUGCAGUCACCUGAGCUUAGCGGUAUCAGUUGGUUCAAUCUUUCUGCCAUUCAGCUCGGUCUUGUGGUCAGUGGUUCCCUAUAUGGGGCUCUUCUUGGAUCACUUCUUGCAUUUGCCAUUGCCGAUUACAUUGGGAGGAAGCGGCAACUCAUUGGUGCAGCCGUGUUGUAUCUACUUGGUAGUGCAAUCACUGCCUCUGCACCAGAACUUGGUGUUCUCUUAGCAGGAAGGCUUCUUUAUGGACUUGGUAUAGGUCUGGCCAUGCAUGGAGCUCCUUUAUACAUUGCAGAAACUUGUCCAUCACAAAUUCGCGGGACUCUAGUAUCAUUAAAAGAACUAUUCAUUGUCCUGGGGAUUCUGUUAGGUUAUUUUGUGGGAAGCUUUCAGAUUAGUUCAGUUGGGGGAUGGCGGUUCAUGUAUGGAUUUAGUGCUCCGCUUGCUAUGCUAAUGGGGCUUGGAAUGUGGACUCUCCCUUCAUCUCCACGGUGGUUGCUUCUCAAAGCAGUACAAGGAAAAGGUUCUUUUCAAGACUUGAAGGAAAAGGCAAUUGUUUCUCUUAGCAAAUUAAGGGGCCGACCACCUGGUGACAGAGAAUCUGAGAGGCAGAUUGAAGAGACUGUUGUCUCGUUGAAGUCUGCCUAUGAAGAUCAGGAAUCCGGGGAGAAUUUCUUAGAGGUGUUUCAGGGUCCAAAUCUGAAAGCGUUCGUAAUUGGUGGGGGGCUAGUAUUAUUUCAACAGAUAACAGGUCAACCUAGUGUUCUGUAUUACGCGGGUCCAAUUCUUCAGAGUGCUGGAUUUUCUGCUGCAUCUGAUGCGGCUAAAGUUUCAGUUGUUAUCGGCUUAUUCAAGUUAGCAAUGACAUGGAUUGCUGUCCUGAAAGUAGAUGAUUUGGGGAGAAGACCUUUGCUGAUUGGAGGUGUCAGUGGCAUUGCCAUAUCUCUAGUUUUGCUUUCUGCUUAUUAUAAGUUUCUCGGAGGGUUACCAAUUGUUGCUGUUGCGGCUUUACUUCUUUACGUUGGAUGUUACCAGAUAUCAUUCGGGCCAAUAAGUUGGCUUAUGGUAUCAGAAAUCUUCCCACUUCGCACUAGAGGACGGGGGAUCAGUAUGGCUGUUCUUACCAACUUUGCUGCAAAUGCUGUUGUUACCUUUGCAUUCUCACCAUUAAAGGAGUAUCUAGGAGCAGAGAACCUUUUUCUCCUUUUUGCAGCCAUUUCUUUACUGUCACUUCUGUUCAUUGUAUUUUCUGUCCCGGAGACAAAAGGCUUGAGCUUAGAAGAAAUCGAAUCCAAAUUCUUGAAGUGACAGCAGAAACUAGCACCUUUUUGAUGUGAGUGCAUUAUAGUUUUUCACCUUGUGUAUAUCUCCUGUGUGGGAUUUGAUAUUCAUGGUAAUAUUUGCAAUAAGAUGAUGAUAUUAUAAUCUCUAACCAAGGUACUCAAAUCACAUAAGGGUGCUAAAUUAUGAUUUUAGUUUUCGUGAUUCAUUGCCAAGGGGGAUUACCAUA